UGAAGGCCCGGCCCCCGGACCAUGGCAUGCGCCCCCCCCCGGCCUGCCAGCACUGACCAUGGGGCUCCGGUCCAGACCCGUCGCUAGCGGCUCGGAGCAGCAGAAGAGGGGCUCGGGGGCCCCCCCCGGGGACCUGCCCCCCCCCGGGGAGGACAGGGAUGGCGCCCUGCUGCUGGCGGGGGCCGGCCGGGAGGACGGCCGGCGGCCCCCCCAGGGCAUCGGCAUCGGGCUGCUGGCCAAGACCCCCCUGAACUACAGCCGGCCCCCCAAGAGGAACAACAUCCGCCGCCGCAGGAUCCAGAACCUGGUGUACGACGCGCUGGAGAGGCCGCGGGGCUGGGCCCUGCUGUACCACGCCUUCGUGUUCCUGAUCGUCCUGGGCUGCCUGAUCCUGGCCAUCCUCACCACCUUCAGGGAGCACGAGAAGGUGUCGGCGCACUGGCUGGUCAUUCUGGAAACCUUCGCCAUCUUCAUCUUCGGAGCAGAGUUCGGGCUGAGGAUCUGGGCGGCCGGAUGCUGCUGCCGCUACAAGGGAUGGAGGGGGAGGCUGAAGUUCGCCCGCAAGCCGCUGUGCAUGCUAGACAUCUUCGUGCUGAUCGCCUCGGUGCCGGUGGUGGCGGUCCGUAACCAGGGCAACGUGUUGGCCACGUCUCUGCGCAGCCUGCGCUUCCUGCAGAUCCUGCGCAUGCUGCGCAUGGACCGGAGGGGCGGCACCUGGAAGCUGCUGGGCUCCGCCAUCUACGCCCACAGUAAGGAGCUGAUCACGGCCUGGUACAUCGGCUUCCUGUCCCUCAUCCUGGCCUCGUUCCUGGUCUACCUGGUGGAGAAGGACGACGUGACGAUGACCAGCGGCGACGGCGAGACCCCCACGGCCCAGGCCCGGCCGCAGGACUUCGACACCUACGCCGACGCGUUGUGGUGGGGGCUGAUCACCCUGACCACCAUCGGCUACGGGGACAAGACCCCCAAGACCUGGGCCGGCCGGCUGCUGGCCGGCACCUUCGCCCUGAUCGGCGUGUCGUUCUUCGCGCUGCCCGCGGGGAUUCUGGGAUCUGGCCUGGCCCUGAAGGUCCAGGAGCAGCACCGGCAGAAGCACUUCGAGAAGCGCCGGCACCCGGCCGCCGGGCUGAUCCAGUCUGCAUGGAGGUAUUACUCCACCAACCCCAUCAGGGACGACCUCAUCGCCACCUGGAGGUUUUAUGAAACCAUCAUCUCACUUCCCUGUUUCAGGAAGGACACGUUUGAGGCCAUCGUGAGCCAGAAGCUGAGCCUGCUGGAGCGGGUCCGCCUCCCCACCCCCAGGGGUUCUGUUGGACUGGGCCGGCGGCUCACGGGCCACGCCGACUCGGUGGAGGAGAGCCCGUCCAGGGAGCCCAAACCCGCCGGCUUCAGCAACCGCGAGCGCUUCCGCACCGCCUUCCGGAUGAAGGCCUACACGCUGCGCCAGAGCUCCGAAGAUGCCGUGGUGCCGCCGGACCCGGCGCCGGAGGAGCGGGGCUUCCCCCCCGAGAUCCUGCUGGAGGAGAUGAUCCCCACGCUGAAGCUGGUGAUCCGGGCCGUCAGGAUCAUGCAGUUCUUGCUGAACAAGAAGCGGUUCAAGGAGACGCUGAGGCCGUACGACGUGAAGGACGUGAUCGAGCAGUACUCCGCCGGACACCUGGACAUGCUGUGCAGGAUCAAGUACCUGCAGACCAGGAUCGACAUGAUCCUGGCCCCCGGACCCCCCCUCACGCCCAAGAACAAGAAGACGCAGAAGACGCCCUUCGCCUACCCGUCCAACCAGUCCCCCAGGCACGAGCCCGACCUGGCCAAGGCCACGCCCCCGCCCGAGGCCGAGGACAUGAGCAUGAUGGGUCGGUUCGUCCGCGUGGAGAGGCAGGUGGAGGACAUGGAGAAGAAGCUGGACUUCCUGGUGGACAUGCACAUCCAGCACACGGAGCUACUGCAGGUGGACGCUGCCGGCGCCGCCCACAUGACCCUGGAGACCUGCGCCGCCACGGCGACCGGCGAGGUCCGCCGCGUCUUCCUCAACUACUCGGAGGCCUUCCCGGGCAUGUCGUACCAAGGGGCCGCCACCGCUGCCAAGGUGGGGGCGGGGCGAGGAGGCCGGGAGGGGGCGGGGCUAGCGGGGCCGGCGGCCCAGCGACGCCCCCUCCCGGCGGCCGUCCCCACGUACGUGGAGCGCCCCACGGUGCUGCCCAUCAGCUCGCUGCAGGAUCUGUCAGGGGCGCCGGGCAGGACCACAGGGGGGAGGGGGCCGGGCGGCGACUCGCCGCUGUCCCUGCUGUCCGUCAACCACGAGGAGCUGGAGCGCUCGCCCAGCGGCUUCAGCAUCUCCGGGGAGCGGGAGGAAGGGGCGGGGCCUUCGCCGGGGGAGGGGGCGGGGUCCGGCGGGACCAGCUGGACCCGGCCGCGGCCCAGCUACCUGGCAGAAGGCGAGACGGACACGGACACGGACCCCUUCACGCCCAGCGGCGGCGCCCUGCCCCUGUCCUCCACCGGCGAGGGCUUCGGCGACGCCGUGUGGAGCACGCCGCCCUGAGGGGGGGGCACACGCCCGAGACCCGAACCCAUGCCUCUAAGCCCCGCCCUCGGGAGGCGGGGCCAACCUGCCUAGAGCGAGGCCGAUGCCCUUUCAGCCGGGGCCACGGCAACAAGUCCUCCCCCGGAAACG